UACUCGGAUUUUGGCGUAGAACUUCAUCGUCAGCUACGAGAAUGUGCAUUUGAAACCCUUACACAAGAAGAAGGACGUCUCACUGAACGGGUUAUCAAGAUGAUCUGUUGGAAAAUGGCGGAGGCUACCAAGUACACAGAUUGGCAAUGCAUCUUUGGCAAACAGUUCUCGACGUGUAUAGAAUACGAUAGGGGCUCGCUUCUGCAUUUUCGUAUCGGUGACCAUGCCUUCGUGCUAUAUAGAAUUAGCCCCGGGAAAACUUUUCGAAUGAGUGAAGUUUGA